GGUGAGUGCACUAACGUGCCUGGAGGCCGUUUUAAUGAGUGUUUGCUGGAAAACCAAAAAUACAAGAAGGAUUUGUACGUUUUCACAAUGGGGGAGUUUGCAUCUACAGAUUUGGGAUUAGCUACAGGCUCCUCCACCCCUGCUGGCUCUUCUGUCCUGCCCAGGAUGGCGCCCCCGGUGCCCCCUCGUCAGGUCCAGCAGUCCUACCGUCCAUCCAACAGCUCCUUCUCCCCUCUUACAGCCUCUAUGGGAGCUCCAUCUGUGGUGGCUACAGCCUGGGAGGAUACAGACACACACCUCACCUUGAAGACGUCCCCCCCAGCAGACACUAACUGGGCGAGCGAGGAGGACGACCACGUGGUGGCCAGAGGAGAAUAUGACUUGACAGCUGCUUCUCAGGAGGAGCUUUCUAUGCGAGCUGGAGAGAUGCUCAACCUCGCUCCUAAAGAGCUACAGCCCCGUGUGCGUGGCUGGCUCCUGGCCAGUGUGGACGGUGAGACCACAUGCUCGUCCCAGCCAACUACGUUAAGAUCCUCAGCAAGAGAAGAGACCGCCGGGCCACAGAUAUGAGAGGCUCGCUCAGGCCCAGCAGGCAAACACGCAGGCACCCCAAACAACCUCGUCUGCACAAAUACCCUAAUCUGUGCCUCUCCUGCAGCCCAUAAACGUACAGCAUCUACCCACAUCAUGUACAGUACUUGAAUGAUCCAUCUCGUCUUUCAGCUCAGUCUCGUCAGAUUCAUUAGGCUCAGCUGUGUCCCCCUCCUGUGUGCAGUUUCCUCGUUUCCCUCUGUGUGUAUUUAUAGUAGUGAUGGCCAAACAAAGCUUUCUGAAGCAUUGAAGCUUGUGUUGAAAAACGAUUCAUUACUGGAAGCUUUUUAACACAGUCCUCUCUGGUGACAUCUGGUGGUCAAAAAUAUGAAGAGCAGCUUGAAUCUACAAAAAAACUGAACUGCUUCAUUAUGAUUGCCCACUCUACA